CUAGAAACCAUCAAUGCUCUGCUCAGCACCAAAAUCUAGGUCCACUUUUAUCCGGUGGAUCGUACGGAACGAUCCUUAUCUCAUAAGUCAUAACUCAUAACAUUAACCACUGCGCCAAACCAAGUCUAAUCGCCAUUAUUAAACCUCCCUCACCGACUUCAUCCUCAUAAACUAUAUGUCACUUCUCAAGCUCUUUGAACCACACAUAAAGAGAUGGGCAAAGAGACAAUACUGCUUUUGAAGACAGAACCAGGAGAGUGGUCAUGGGCGACCAAGCGCAAACGGAGGCAACCAAUGGACGGAGUCAAGAACAGCCAAGCACAAAAACACAUGAAGUCCAUGAAACUCAACGAUCUCUGCUUCUUCUACCACUCCGGCGCCAAGCGCGCUGCGUGGUGGGGUGGUGACUGUAUCUCAGGAAUGGUACAGACUGACGGUGAGGGCGAAGGGGUUUGAUGUGAAAGAGUGGGGACGAUGAGGCUGGUGGACUUGAAGGAGAUGAAGAAAGAUGAUGGGCAAGGGUUGGGGUUGUUUAGGCAGCCUAGGUUGUCGGUUGUGCCGGUUCCGGAGGGCUGUGGGAAAGGGUUGUGAUUUGGGAGGUGGGUUUCAUGGUGAUGGUCGAGAAGAGGAGAACUGUUGAAUGAAUGGAUGAAAGUACAUGUAAUGGAAGCCAUUCUCUUUGAAUAUGUGUAAGUCUUUUUGGGCUUUUUGUUUUGUGGUUUGGCAGUGGAAAGAAAGGAAAUAGGGUGUUUUGAAAGGAUAUCAGAAUGGCUUUGGUUGUAAAAAAAGUGUCUUUAAACU